CUUUGGCUUUGACCUUGGCUUCACUCCUGCUCUGCACCGAUGGACCAGCGGAGCCCGCAUCUACCCCCUCGCCCCAAAGCCAGACCCCAGUGACCGGCAGGAAACCAGCAUCGGGCCGCGCAUUCGUGAUCAGCUCGGCCUCGAGCCGGGGGCGGGGGAGGAAAGGCCGAUUCCCCUUUAAAUGCAAAUCCUGGCCGGGGCCGGGCCGCUCCUGACGCGGCGCCGCGGGGGCGCAGGCGGGCGCUCGGCUCGGCUCGGCUCGGCUCGGAGAUCAGGGCAGGGAAAGUGCCCAGACUGCACCUCUCACCACGUGACGCAGAGCUGGCACCGUAGCUUCUAGUGGCCCCUGGCCCCAAGUGCCCAGAGGCCCGCGGCUGCCAGGUGUCACCGAUCCUCAGCCCAGCCUCGGCCUGGCAGUCGAGCUCUCAGGAUGGAAGACAAGAAGAAGAAGAGGAGCCCCAAGGCUUGCCUGGCUCAGCCUGCCCCUGCCGGCGGCUUGCGCAAGCUGCCUGUCCCCACCAGCAAAAGCGCCACCUUCUCUUUGGGGCUGCCUCACCUGCCCUCACCGAAGCAGAGGGCCAAGUUCAAGAGGAUAAACAAGGAGAAGCCUCGUGCCCCACAGCCGGGGGGCGGCGCAGGGGUGGCACUGGGGCCCCCGCUGCAGCACACCUUUCUGACGGAUGUCUCGGACGUGUACGAGAUGGAGGGCGGCCUCCUGAACCUGCUCAAUGACUUCCACUCAGGGAAGCUGCAGGCAUUCGGGAAGGAGUGCUCCUUUGAGCAGCUGGAGCACGUGCGGGAGAUGCAGGAGAAGCUGGCGCGCCUGCACUUCAGCCUGGACGUCUGCGUGGAGGAGCUGUCCGAGGACCAGAAGAAGACGGUGGCUGACAGGAACCUCGACCAGCUGCUGACCAAUCUGGAAGAGCUCAGCAACUCCAUACAAAAGCUGCACCUGGCGGAGAACUCGGACCUGGAGGACGCUUCCACGGCCUGAGUGAUGAGGCCGCCGGCCCCACGCAGCAGGGAGCAGCGUUAGGGAGGGUCUUGGAGCCAAGGGAAAAGCCUGCACCAGCUGGGCCCCCCACUUGCAUUGCCACCUGCGAACUGCCUAGAGAAGGAGGGGUUCAAAGGGAAGUGCUCCCCAGAG